AGCGCCUGUCUCUCACGCAGCCGGGGUGUCAGGGGGCGGUGGCGGCCAUUUUGGAGCAGAGCGCACGGCCGAUAGGCGCGCAGGGAGCGCGGAGGCAGCGCGGAGCCGCAGGGCCGCCUCCCCCCGCCAUGGCCGCCCCGCUGGGUACCGGCGCCCGCGCGGAGGACUCCGGGCAGGAGAAACAGGACUCGCAGGAGAAGGAAACCGUCAACCCGGAGCGGGCCGAGGAGGCGAAGCUGAAGGCCAAGUACCCCAACCUGGGCCAGAAGCCCGGCGGCUCCGACUUCCUCAUGAAGAGGCUGCAGAAAGGGCAAAAAUACUUCGAUUCUGGUGACUACAACAUGGCCAAGGCGAAGAUGAAGAACAAGCAGCUGCCGACUGCGGGGCCGGACAAGAACCUGGUGACAGGCGACCACAUCCCCAAGCCGCAGGACCUCCCCCAGAGAAAAUCCUCGCUUGUCGCCAGCAAGCUGGCAGGGUAGCCUACACUCAUGGGCUGUUUUGUUUUUUUUCCUAUUUUCUUUUCUCUUUUGGUUAAUUGGAUUGAACUUCACUGUACCAUAGAGCUGGGAGCACCAGAAUCCACAUAGUUAUACAAGUAUUUAUAGCAAACACACACCACAACCGAGAAGAACGUGAGAUGUCAGUAGCCCAGGCCACGCAGGCAGACCCUUGGUGGAUUUGGUUGCGCAUUUGCUUUUCGCGAGCCGGUUUGCUGCCUUAACUCUCACGCUGCUCAGAACCACCCCUGCCCGCAGUCGCUGCAGCGCUGCAUCCUUCCCUGCAGCGUGGUGGCCCUGAGGGAAGCGAGGAGUGCUGGGAGGAGGCGCGUGGUGCCAUCGUGUUGUGUUCUUCAGGUGUCUGUAGGGGAAGAUGCAGAGGGGGAAGUGGCAAAAGCUGUGAUAGCCGGCCUGCAGUCUAGUUAGGUGUGCGUGUGUUAGACUUCUCAAUUGAGUAGUUGAGGUGGGAGCGUGGCUGCAAUGGAGGGCGGCAGCCCUGGAGGUUUUGCGGGCAGUUUCUCUCUGCCUGCUCUGUCCUUCCUGCUGAGGAUGCCUGCGGUGGUGAAUGGAGCAUGGUGGGCGCCGCAGAGCGUGGUUGGAGCCCCAUCCUCUGCUCCACGGGGCCCUGCUCAGAGCCUGGGGCUUGGUGCUUGCAAAGCACGGGGCUGGUGGGGGGUGAGAUAGAUGUGAGCUGUGAGAGCAGCGGGACAGAGAGGGGCACCCCAGGGAGGAGAAAGAGCGUGGAGAUGAGAGAGAGAGAGAGAAAAUUAAUAGAGGCAAAUUAGCGUUGGCAGUGUCAUGCACCCUUGGCUUGAGGUUCUUUUGUUUUUUCUCCUUUUUUUUUUUUUUUUCUCUCUUGCCUUUUUGUUUCAGGCUUGAAAAAAGCAAACAGAAUGAGGUCAGCGUGGUGGCUGCAGCUUGCAGAGCAGGGCGCACUUGGUGCCUGCGUGGUGCUGGUGAAGCAGCUCCAGGUGCGGGGCUUUGGGCUGAGGUGCAAGCACCGAGUCCAAGCUAGGUUUUAAAAGGCUCUAGAGGUCGAGCAGGCAGUGUUGGUUUUGGGGAGUUCUAUUGGAUCCGGAGAAAAUGCAGGAGGGAGGCAGCGGGUGAUGCCCUGCACAGCUUUCCUCACAUGUGAUCCUGGCUGGGUUGCUCACAGAGCUGUACUGCGCAUCGCACUUCUGUGCUGCUGCUCUGAGCAAGGCCGUGCUUGAACACUCACAUUUGCUGUUGAGGGGUUUGUCAGUGACCCUGAGCGAGGAGCUGUGGCCCCACGGCCAUGGACUUCCCUUCGAGGAGUGUGGCAGGGAUAGGCACUGUGCCUCGUGCUCAGCUCCUUGCCCAGCCCCGUGCUACCUGGCCGUGCAGCCUCCUAGGAUGCUCUGCUGUUGGUCCCAGCUGCAUUGUAAAUAGAUACGAAUCAUAUAUACAAAUAUAUAUAUAAUUUUUUACAUCUUCA